GAAUGAAAGCACUUCAACAAAGAGAAAAUUGAUACUCAAAAGCAGAGUCAAAGACAGAAGGAUAAUCAUCCUCUAACACUCUAAAGCAAUGUUGUGGUGUUGUGAAUUCGAUUCCAAUAAACCUCGAGUCAAUGGUCGGUGUUCAAACUUGGACACACCAGCGAAAACCACUUUUUAAAAAUGAUUUUCUUCUGGAAAGAUUGUUACAUUGGAGUGCGCAAGCUUUUCUGGUGAUAGGUUUGCAUACAUGCAAAGGUCCAAGGAGACCAGGACAAAGGCUACUGUAUGGGUGUUGAGAAUCCUGGAACAUUAAAGUGAAAGACCUGCCAGGCCAGGUGUCACCAGUCCCCAGAUUCUGUCCUACUGGCUGUCUGAGGCCGACCUGUGCUUCCCCAUACUCUUCUGUCGGAGAGUUGGACCCCACGCCCAACAUCCGCAGAGUAGAUGGCAGGUCGAGGAUCAAUCAGAUUUUCCCGAUGAGAUAAUAAAAAACUACUGGUGGCGUGGAGGAAAGUUAACCAAUGUGUGUCUUUUAUCCACAGAGUAACUCUAUCCACUGUAAGCUAGAACCAUGAGAUACGGACUCCAAUUAUUGCAAUUAUGUACGGGUCAUAGUGUAGCAGUCGAGAUAAGGAAUAUUCAGAUGUCAGUGAUGGAUGUUUACUGUACUUUAUUAUCCGAUGUGGUGGCAGAGCGCAAACGGAAGAUUAGCUUUUGUCCGGAGUUUGUCAUCCAGCUCGCAAUAACCUUGAUUAUGAAUUCUAAGGAGGAAUGAAUUCGCAUGAAGGGUGUCGGAGGAAACAUCCUUCAUCCGGAUGAAGGUUGUAAGCUUUCAGAGAAGAAAAAUGCCCACUGAUCCCCC